GUCCGGCCAAUUGGGGCCCGCCUCGUAUAUGAUGUCAUCGGAGGAGGAGGCCGACUCACACGCGCCCUACUCGGAUAGACUACUGAAGAAACAGAAACGCGUCAGACAGCGCGUGGACGCCGGCGAGCCGCGCAAUUCUUAUUCUACUCUCGCGACGAACGGACCCGCGCCCGGGCGCGUCGCACACAUGAGUGGAGGACUUUACGGGGCCAUCUUCGAGGGGCGCCAGCACUUCGGUCUCUUCGGCCCUUGCUACGCUCCGGCUGAAAUGUUAAACGAAUUAUUAGGCCGUGCACCCAGACAAGAGGAUGCCGGCGACGAAGCUUCCAGCGGCGAUAUGCUUCGCGAUCGUGUCCUUCGGGACAUUCUACAAAGUCGGAAGAAAGAAUUGAUGCGAUUAUCGCCUGACAAUAACAACGUGCUCGCUAAUAAUAAUAAUGAUGAACCCAAAGAAGAGAAACGCUCUCCGGAGCGGCCUAUCUCCCGCGACUCUCGGCAUGAUCUCGACGAUGCUCUAUUGAAUCUCGACAGUGCCGGUGACUCGCGGACCUCGCCGCCUCCCGUUUCUCAAAACGAACCACUUCUUGCUCCAAAGUCUGAACCGGAAGACCGCGAUAGUGACGCCCAAAGAUCUUCCCCGAGACCUCUUGAUGUGAAACGUGCUCGUGUAGAAAAUAUAGUGUCAACGAUGCGUGCUAGUCCCGCACCCCAACAGCCACAAGUGAACGGUUGUAAAAAAAGAAAAUUAUAUCACCCGCAACAACACGACGGUGCAGCAGAGCGUUAUGGAACAAGCCAUGGCAGCAGUGCACAGACAGUGUCGGAUGAGUCUGAGGAUGACGGUGAUCAACCACCGAUUCAACAAAAGUUAGUAGAAAAAAAUGCAUUAAAAACACAACUGAGAACUAUGCAGGAACAACUUGCGGAGAUGCGAGAGAAAUAUAUACAGCUAUGUAACAGAAUGGGUCAAGAAUCAGAAACGGCUGAUAAUGAUGGUGCUUCUAGUGAUAUUGAACAAAACGAGGAUCCCGUGCCCAAAUCGGAACCAUCGUCUCCAGUUAAAGAGGUACCUCCUUCAAUACCUAAUAGUGCAGCGCCGAAUAUGUUCAACCAAGUCAUAAAUAAUAUGAUGUCAGGAAAACUGCCGUCACACCCAGCAGCUCAUCCUCACUUGCCACCUGGUUUCAAUGGAGCACUACCUCUUAUGCCCCAUAUGCAACCUGGUGACCACAUGCAUCCACCACAUACUCAUCAACAUCUUAAUAAUGCUGCUGCUAUGUACCUUAAUGUCAGCCAAAAGCUGUUUUUAGAACAAGAGGCACGAAUGAAGGAAGCUAGUGAACAGCAACAAAUCAGCCAACAACGAAGGCCACAAUCUAAUCAGCACUCACCACAACAGAGACAAAUGGGUCCAACUCCUAAACCUCCAGCCUCUGAACUGGCCGAGCGUCUUGAUGCAUUACGAAGCAAUUCAGGGUCCGUUGGACCUGUAUCUGGUGCUGACCUAGAAGGCUUAGCCGAGGUUCUUAAAAGCGAAAUAACAGCUUCUCUAGCAAGCCUCAUUGACUCGAUAGUAACCCGUUUCGUACAUCAACGUCGUAUAAUGGGGAAGCAAUCAGAGGCAGCAGCGGCAGCGGCGAAACAAUUGAACAAGGACUUAAUUCAAGCUGCUCGUCUCAUCGAGAUCCCAACGCCAAAGAUGCCGGAACGGCCGUCAGGACUCAUGCCAGGUAAUCCACCCGUCCAUCAUCCGGGCGCUCCUAAUGGCGUACCGCUAAUGCCCAAUAACCCGAUGUUUAUGAGUCAUAUGAACGGCCCCCGUGCGCCGGGCGGAGCAGUGUUUCCUCUGCACGCCGAGGCGGGCGGGCCAGGCCACGGAGCUCACAUGCGGCCUCCAACAGGCAUGUUCCAGGCACCGCAGAAGUCACUACAGUCGCACUUCGGUUCAUUAAAUGGACACUUCGAUCGAGACCAGAAUUCAGACCCGAGUGAGCCCCUGAGCCUUGUGAUGACCCCUAAGAAAAAGCGACAUAAGGUGACCGACACUCGCAUCACUCCUCGCACAGUGAGCAGGAUUCUAGGAGAAGGUGUCGUCCAGUCACCGGAGAUAAAAUUCCCGGAAUCGCCGUCACCGCGGCCGUUCCACGGAGGAAUGGCGCUGCCGACCUCAGUGGCGAUACCGAACCCAUCACUACACGAGAGUCAAGUCUUCUCUCCGUAUUCACCAUUCUUCGGUCCAGGCGGAGGAUCGGUUGGAUUGGCUCGAUCUCCACCGGGACCCGAGCGGGACUCGCCACCGCUGCCAAACUCGAUGCUGCACCCCGUCUUGUUAGCGGCAGCUCACCACGGCUCGCCGGACUACAUGCGACACCAGCACGUGCCGCAUCACGCCGCCGGCCCGCAUCACGCGCAGCACAUGGACGCGCAGGACCCUCACUCCGACUGCAACUCCACUGAGAUGCCUUACGACGGAGUUCAGCCUACUUCUUCAACUCUGACGCCGAUGCACCUACGCAAGGCUAAGUUGAUGUUCUUCUGGGUCCGGUAUCCGAGCUCCGCAGUGCUGAAGAUGUACUUCCCAGAUAUCAAGUUCAACAAGAACAACACAGCACAGCUCGUCAAAUGGUUCUCUAACUUCAGAGAAUUCUACUACAUCCAAAUGGAGAAGUACGCGCGGCAAGCCAUCAGCGAAGGUCUGAAGACGGCGGACGAUCUCCACGUGGCUGGCGACUCCGAGCUGUAUAGAGUGCUCAAUCUGCAUUAUAACAGAAAUAAUCAUAUUGAAGUUCCACCCAACUUCCGAUACGUUGUGGAGCAGACGUUACGCGAGUUCUUCCGCGCCAUCCAGGGCGGGAAGGACGCGGAACAGAGCUGGAAGAAGUCCAUCUACAAGGUGAUAUCUCGCCUGGACGACCCCGUGCCCGAGUACUUCAAGUCGCCCAACUUCUUGGAACAGCUGGAGUGAGCGCUGACCCCCAACGACCUCUAAAUUAUACGCAUUGGACGAUAUCGCACACCAAAAUUUUACGACACUCGCAUUUAGGCCUUCAGAUUCAAAAUUAUUGAUAAAAAAGUUUAAUUAAAUUAUUAAAAAAAAAUGAAUUUGUACGUCGGACGUCUCCCGGCGCGAUGCGUCUGCGCUCUACUAGGAAAUUCGUUAGGUUAUAUGAGUAAGAGAAAAUUUAAGUCACCUAGAAUUUUAUUUCUGCACAUAAUAUAUUUCGCUAUAUAUAAUUAUUAUUAUAUUAUUAAGUAUUAUCGUAAAUGGUUUUUUAUAGUUAUGUAUAUCUUAAAAUCAUUUAUUGAUUUAUUAUUUAAGGAUUUUAAAACAACAAAAAUACGAUUAAUAUAUUAAUUGCUUAAGUUUUGAA